AUGCAUUCCCAGCCUCACAUGGAGGGUAACAACUCCUUCGGCCAACUCAACCAAGGUUCCUGGCUACAUGGCCGCCAGGAAAAAGAAAUCUACAAACUACUCGUCGAUGUAUACCGCCUCCGCGCAGAUGACCAAUCCAAAUUUGAAGGAGACGCCGAUGAGGAUGGCCUCUACGGUGGCGCCAGGAACUCCAUCGAACCUUUUCGCCGUUUCCUAAAGAACGUUGAGAGCAAGUCUGAAUUGCUGCCGGCGUGGUGGAAUGAGGAGAAGGCCAAGGCAUGCAUUGAGUUGGGAUCCUCGGGUGGAUGGUCCAGCCUGCGUUCGGCCGUCGAGAAAUCAGAUAUUAUCGACCAUGAUGGCGACAGGUUUCUUCCUAUGCAGAUGCGUAUGUUCUGCGAGUCUGUGUAUGGGCACGCGCCCGGAGUGGCGAGCGGGGCUGGUGCGAGGAUCCAGCAACUGAUGAUGGCAGGUGGAAGCAUGAUGAUGUAA